AUGAAAGAUCCGCCUCUGACACCCCUGGGCAUCCAAGACGCCAAGGCUUUGUUGCCGCAUGCAAAGCAGCUGAAGCCAGAGCUGUUGGUGGUCUCGCCGCUGCAGAGAGCGACUCAGACUAUCAUGAUUGCCUUCCGUGACGCAAUCGACGGGAAGAUCCCAGUCGUUGCUCACGAAGGUUGCCGUGAACGCCUCGGCGUGAAUCUGUGCGACAUGCGAGUCAACAGAUCGGAAUACUCCGAGAUGUUUCCAAAAGUUGACGUCUCUUGCUUAGAUGAAGAGGCGGCCUGGCUGAAUGGCAUAUUCGCAUGA